AGCAAAAGUUUGGUCGGUACAGGGGCUAGAGUAGUAGGCUAGCCUACUUGCCGCGUCACGCCCGACGUACAGGCAGCCUUCGUUAUACCCGCCCCCAACAACCCACGCGCGGCGCCCACCGUUUCUGCCCUCGUCGUCUCCCCACCUCGCUCGGCUCCUCUUCUUCGCCUGUUCUGCUCCGCGCCCUCACCCUCCGCAGCCAGUUUGCUCGCUCGCUCGCCGCCGCGCGCUGAGCCUUCUCCACCCUUCUUCCUCCAAGUCCUCCGCAGAUUGGACCGCGGCCCGCUGCUGCCCCGUCGGCGGCCCCCCGCACCGCCCCGAUCAUAUCCUCGCAGGUGAAUUGUUCAGGCUGAAUUAAUCGGUGGAAGCUGUGCAUUGGCUGUUUUUAUCUCAGAUCAUAGUGAUAAAUUGACCUGAGAGACUGAGAUUUGUGAGAGAAGUAAUGUCUUUCGUUAGGCAAGCAGACCCAUCAACAUCCUGUGCGGAGACCACUUACAUCCACAAAUUUGUGCCACCAGGAUCAGUUUUCCCAGCACAAAGAUUUGUCUCUGGCACCGACUUGGUUCACUACGGACCUCAACCAUAUAAUGCUGAGGGCUACAAACAGUCUGCUUUCAAUGGGACAGUACCUCAUGAAUUUCAGAACUUUUACAGUACUGAUAGCUAUGCUGAAUCUCACUUUAAUGAAGCAACAUAUUCUCCAGCAAUCUCCAAUAUAUCUCAGCAGAACUCUCAAUCUUUAUCAGACAAUCAGACCUCUGAUCUUGAAGUAGAGUUUGAUGAGGAUGAGAUGAGACUGAAGCUUCAGGAGCUUGAGCAUGCUUUACUCGAUGAUGGCGAUGAGAUCUUUUCUGACUUCUCAGGGAGCAUUAUCGAUGAGUGGAAUGAUAGCAUUAAGAAAAACAAUGAAUGGAGCAAUACCAUGAAGGAUAUUGUGAGUCCAGACUCUCCAAAAGAGUCAUCACCUGAGUCAAGCCUCUGCUGUCUUGACAGCAAUAUUGGAGAAGCGCGGCACCCAAAACAGUUGCUUUUUGACUGUGCAGAAGCAAUAUCUGAAUGUAGCAUCGAUGAAGCACAAUCAAUCAUAACAGAACUACGACAGAAGGUAGCAAUUCAAGGAGACCCUUCUCAGAGAAUUGCAGCCUAUCUUGUGGAGGGCCUUGCUGCCGCAAUACAGUCUUCAGGAAAGGGGAUCUAUAGGGCCCUGAGGUGCAAGGAGGCCCCUACUCUGUACCAGCUUUCAGCUAUGCAGAUCCUCUUUGAAAUCUGCCCAUGCUUCAGGCUAGGCUUCAUGGCUGCUAACUAUGCUAUUCUCGAAGCCUGCAAAGGCGAAGAGGUUGUGCACAUCAUUGACUUUGACAUCAACCAGGGUAGCCAGUAUAUAACUCUUAUCCAGUCCCUAAGAAAUAACAGUAACAAGCCACGCCUUUUGAGGAUAACUGGUGUUGAUGAUCCAGAGUCAGUGCACAGAGCUGUUGGAGGGCUGAAGGUUGUUGGGCAGCGACUAGAGAAGCUUGCAGAGGACUGUGAGGUACCAUUUGAGUUCAGGGCAGUGGCUGCUAACACUGAGGAUGUGACACCUGGAAUGCUAGAUUGCCGUCCUGGAGAGGCCCUCAUUGUUAACUUUGCAUUCCUGCUGCACCACCUUCCUGAUGAAAGCGUCUCAAUUGUGAACCAAAGGGAUCAGCUUCUCCGUAUGGUGAAGGGUCUUCAACCAAAACUAGUGACGUUGGUGGAGCAGGAUGCAAAUACUAACACCACCCCAUUCCUUGCCAGGUUCCGGGAGGUCUAUGACUACUAUUCGGCACUUUUUGAUUCACUGGAUGCAACCCUUCCGAGGGAAAGCCCGGAUAGAAUGAAUGUGGAGCGCCAGUGCCUCGCACGAGAAAUCGUCAACAUCUUAGCUUGUGAAGGUCCUGACCGUGUGGAAAGGUAUGAAGUGGCUGGGAAAUGGAGAGCUAGGAUGGCAAUGGCUGGCUUUGCGCCGUGCCCAUUUAGCAGCAACGUGAUCAAUGGCAUAAGAUCUCUACUGAAAUCGUCGUACUGCGAUAAGUACAGGUUCGAGAAGGUCCACGAUGGCCUCCAUUUUGGCUGGGGCGACAAGACGCUCGUCUUCUCGUCGGCGUGGCAAUAGAAGCUUGCGUUGCAUAUCUUAGCACUGCCAGCGUUUUAGGAGCAUCUGGUGCAAGGGCUGUAAAGAGAUUUCUGUCACCGUAUUGUUGACCUAUCAUAUAUACUCGUACCUAACCUUAGCGUGCUGCCUGUAGCCUUAUGAGGUUGUAUAUUGUGUAUUGUACACCUUGGUGUAGAGUCACCGUGGUGUAUCUAAUUUUGCCCUUCUUUUGGAGGGGUAGAAUCGCAAUAUGUCGACAUUGUUUCGUGUAUAAAGUACUGGAUGAUGAUGCUCUUGUCGCAAAAAAGAUGGGAUAAAAUAACAAAGAUUCGUCAGUCCGGUGCAUGGCUAUAUAUUCAAGGAGGAUUAUUCAUGA